CAAAUCAUAAAAUGUAUGGAGAUGUUCUGGGGAGUUUGAUCACCCGCUUUCCAUUUUUGAAGGAUGGCAGCUCCUCUGGUUAUGAUACCUUGUUGGAAUGCCUUAGAAACAAAUUUAAAAAAGAAAGGAUUCCCUUGGUUAGCUCAUCGAUCGUCCUGCAAAUGAAGGAGAAGUAUGGGAUUAAAAGGAAGUGUGCUGGACAAACAGAUUCGGAGGAACUUGGUCAACAACAAGAGAUUGUGUUGGACCUGGAAGUAAUGGGUGAGGAUGAGACAAGUUUCCGGGAACACAUUAAUGCCAUCACCCUGGAGUUGCGUAAAAGCAAUCCCAGUUACUCUGAAGUCAAGAACCGGAUGAAGCGCACUCUUUUCAAAAGAGUACAGCUUAUGGACAGGCCUGCAGCUGAAGUAAUGGAGCAGUUUCCUUUUCUUGGAGUGCCACAGCUUAUGCUGCAUGAAAUGACAAUGAGGUUUGGAACAGACUUGGCGAAGAACAUGGAAACAUCUCUGAAUGAAAUGGCACCAAACAUCAUCAGGAGUGCAAAAGAAGGAAGUCAAAAAAAACUCUACGCCAAUCUCAUUGGACUAGCAGAGGAAACCACAGAAGGUCUCGUUAGGAAUGCUGCACUCAUUUUAUUGCCAGCACUAUUUAAAGAAAACGCCAGCUUCCUCUACUGUGUGGAUAGUGAACCCAAAGGUGCUACACCAACCAUAGUGUUUAACGGCUCUCCUGAUCCCCUCAAGGCUGAAAGCAUCAGCAUUAUAAUGGACAAUGUGAACAUCAUAAGAGAGGCAGACAUUGACAUGACACAGGCUGUGGAAUGCCUAUUUGCAGUCUAUUUUCUCUUCAAUGUGCAAUACCCGGUUGACAUUAAGCACACAAUGACUUUUAUUCAAAAAUAUAUGCUUAAACUUAGACAAGAGCACGGCAAAAGAACACCAAUACCUGUACUGAAAAUGUACAGUCAACUUGUGUAAAUUGUAGAGCUAUUUAAUAGUUGUUUUAAUUGUUCAUGUAUUGAUUUUUAUCUGCACUGUCAAAUAUCAAAAAUGAUUUAGUUUUUCCUCCUUUCAGAGAUAUAUGUAAAAGUGAAGUACUGUAUAUGUACAUAAACAAGCUUAUGUAUGUUUUUUUGCAAAGUGAAAAUGCUUAAAUGAAAUAAUUCAAACUAAAUGGUUAAAUGUAAUUAAACAUCUUAAAUGUAAAAUGUGAAAUUUGC